UAAAUUAAAAAGUAAUAAAUAAAUGAAUUAAUAACUAAUAUAGAGUACGUGUGUUAUUCAUACACAAAGCCGGCAAAAUAGUUAUAACUAUUCUUUUAUCAAAUUUCAGUAGUAAAUUAAAAAGUAGCUUAGUUUAGGAUAAUAAAUAACUUUUGUAAUAACUAUUCAAAAUACAUUACAAUUGCAUUUUUAAAUUGCAUUUAAUAUCAUGUCGUCUUCAAGAGGAGCACUUAUUGUUUUAGAAGGCUGUGACCGUUCAGGCAAAACUACACAAUGUAAAAAAUUAGUGGAAUAUUUACUCUCAAAAAAUGUUCCAUCGAAGUACAUUAACUUUCCGGACAGAAGUACACAUAUUGGAAAACUUAUAAAUUCUUAUUUAUCUUCCAAAGAAGAUUUAGAUGAUCAUGUAAUUCAUUUACUAUUUACAGCAAAUAGGUGGGAAGCAAACAAGAAUAUGUUGAAUUUACUGAAUCAGGGCACAACACUUAUUGUUGAUAGAUAUUCUUAUUCAGGAGUAGCAUUUUCUUCUGCAAAAGGUUUAAAUCUUGAAUGGUGUAAGUCACCUGAAAUAGGAUUGCCAAAGCCUGAUUUAGUAUUACUAUUAACGAUGACUGAAGAAGCAAUUGCCAGGAGAAGUGGUUAUGGAAAUGAAAGAUAUGAAACCCCUGAAUUACAAAAGAAAGUAAUGAAAAACUUUCAAGAUCUAAAACACAAGGAUUGUGCAAAGUGGUUAGAAAUAAAUGCUGAUAAGUCGAUGGAAGAGUUGCAAGUAGAAUUACAAGAAAUUGUUAUGAAUGCAAUAAUAGAAGCUAAAAAUACCGAAGUGAAGAAACUUUGGAAUGAUAAAGAAACAAUAAAUGGAAUUUGACAAUGACUUAUUAUAGUAAACAUUGG